AUGCCUGUCAUCGAUACCAACAAGGAUCUGUCGGCGCUUUUCCGACAACAGGUUCAAAGGACACCCGAUGCUGUGGCGCUGGAGGACGAGACGACGACAUACACCUAUGUCCAGCUUGACAAAAAGGUUGAAGCUCUCGCCCAUCGCCUCCGCAAGCACCGGGUUGGCCGAGACAGCCUCGUUGGCGUGCUGCUCCCGCGCAGUGCCAACUAUGUCAUUGCCUGUCUCGCUGCGCUUCGGGCAGGCGGAGCCUUUCUCGUCCUGGAACUGGCCUACCCCCCGGAGCUCCUGGCAGACGUUAUUGAUGAUGCCCAACCAGCUGUAGUGGUCACAUACCGGGCCGAGGUUGGUAAGAUCAAGGAGGGCAUUCCUCUCAUUACUCUGGACGAAGAAGGAGAGCAGACACCUCCCAACGGAGAUGUGAAAGACCUUCCUCCGCUGCCCGCUGAUGAUGACUUGGACAGACUUGCCUUCGUCUCUUAUUCUUCGGGAACCACGGGCAAACCCAAGGGCAUUGCAAACCCUCACCGAGCUCCUGUGCUUUCGUAUAACCUGCGGUUCGGCGUUCGUGACCUGCAGCCUGGGGAUCGUGUUGCCUGCAAUGUCUUCUUCAUCUGGGAGAUCCUGCGGCCACUGCUGCGAGGAGCGACCGUCGUUGCAGUGCCAGACGAGGCCAGUUACGACCCGCCCGUCCUGGUGGACCUGCUCGCUUCUAAGAAUAUCACCGAGACUCUCAUGACCCCGACGCUCCUAGCCGCUGUGCUGUCUCGGCAUCCAAAGAUCGGAGCUCGCCUGCCGAAGCUGCGCACCUUGUGGCUGAAUGGUGAAGUUGUGACAACCGACUUGGCCCGGCGAGCAAUCAAAGCCCUCCCCAACACGACACUGCUUAACUGCUACAGCGCCUGCGAGACCCACGAGAUUGCCUGCGGAAACAUUGGAGACAUGCUCGACGACGCCUCAAACUACUGUCCGGUCGGCCCUCCGCUGGAUCCCGAACACAUCUACAUCCUCGAUGAGAGUGGCCAAAAAGUGCAAGCCGGAGAAAGCGGAGAACUUUUCGUGGGCGGAUCACUUCUUGCCCGUGGCUAUAUCAAUCGUCCUGAGACAACCGCCAAAGCCUUUACGCCGGACCCAUUUGACUCGGCACCGGGAGCCCGGAUGUACAGAACCGGUGACCAAGCACGAAUACUUCCGUCCGGCCUUUUGGAAAUCACUGGUCGUGUCGGAGCCAUGAUCAAGCUUCGUGGCUAUUCCGUCGUGCCCGGAAAGGUCGAGCACGCUAUUGUCCAACACCUUGCCGUGCGACAUUGCGCCGUCACGGCUCAUGGCGAGGGCUUGGACCGGCAAUUGGUUGCAUAUGUCGUCCGGGACAAGGAGUCGUCUGCUGAUCGCCCAGCGUUGGAUGUCAAUGAGUUAGGUCACAGUCCAGCUGCGAGACGGACGCUCUCGCCAUACUUGGCUCACUAUAUGAUUCCAGCCAUGUGGGUGGAAGUCGAGGAGCUGCCUACCAACGCAGUGUCAGGCAAGGUUGACCUCAAGCGCCUUCCUCCACCUCCAAGUCCCAACGCUGCUAAUGGCAAUGGGUCGUUGAACGGGCACAAAGGAGACCUGGAUCCCAUUGAUAUCGAAGCCAUAGCUGAGAUCUGGGCUGCGAGUCUCAAGAUCUCACGCAGCACCAUCACGCCAGAACACAGCUUUUUCGACCUUGGUGGGCACUCCUUGACGCUUGCAGAUUUGUCUGCACGCUUCUCCAGGGUUCUGGGGGUCAAGGUGCCUCUCGCACGACUCGUCGAUCCAGCGACUCUCAACGGCCACCUGGAAACGGUGCGAUCUGUGCGAGACGGUCAUGCGGCGGCGGUGCAAGCUCAUCUGCCUGAUGUCCUUCGGAAAGACUCGACCCUUGAGGACAGCAUUCGACCGACCAAUGCUAGCAUAUGUGCAGCCAGCAAAGCACACACGAUCCUGUUGACUGGUGUCACUGGCUUCUUGGGUGCAUUUUUGUUGAAUGAUUUGCUGGAAAGCACAUCUGCCAAAAUCUUGUGUCUUGUGCGUUUCAAUGACCCGUCAGAAGCCGAUCUGCCAGCAGGUAUUGCGAGGUUGCGGAGGCAUCUCCUCGAUAUGGGAUUGUGGCGGGACUCGAUUAUGGAACGUGUUGAGAUCAUCCCCGGCAAUUUAUCCCGCCCUCGGCUAGGUCUCCCCCCGGAUGCCUUCGAAGAACUCACGGGCCGUGUCCAGGUUAUAAUCCACGCUGCCGCCACUGUCAACCUUGUGUACCCGUAUGCUGCCCUUCGGGACGCGAACGUAGGCGGAACAAGGGAGAUCCUGCGUUUGGCAUGUCGCGCUGGAGCCACGGUGCAGUACAUCUCCACGAAUGGUGUAUUGCCGCCAUCUCGAGAUGGGUGGGAUGAGGAUGCCAUGCUAGACGUGGACGAUGUCCCAGAAAAGCUGGCCGAUGGAUAUGGCCAGUCAAAGUGGGUAGCAGAGCAACUUGUGCGUGAAGCUGGCCGUCGAGGCCUGCCUGUCAAGAUUCACCGAGCGGGUACAAUUAGCGGACACAGCACCACCGGCGCAGGCAACGCGUGGGAUCUUCUUAAUGCGAUCAUUGUUGAGUCCAUCAACCUAGGAUAUGCUCCAGAUGUGGAAGGAUGGCGCGCUGAGAUGACCCCAGUCGACUUUGUGAGCAAGGCCAUCAUCCAUCUCUCGAAUCAGACCAACACCACCCAAUUCGUGUUUCACCUCGGCGACCCUGAUCCCGUUCCGACUCGGUCGGUCUUUGAAGACCUAGAAGAGCUUGGAUAUCCCACAAAACCACUCUCUUGGGACGAAUGGGUGGCGCGAUGGCAGGAAAAUAGAGGUACCCUAAAAGGUGGAGAUGGCGCCUUUACUAUUGACAUCCUCCGUAGCGGUAUGCCGAGCGUCGAGUUUUUGAGAGGCAUUGUUGUGUUGAAUAAUGCUGCCACCAGGCCUUUGCGGGCGGUUGUUGAACGACCAAAGGUUGACAGCGUCCUACUCGAAACGUACGCUCGCCAUUGGUUUGCUCGAGGAUGGCUGCCACGUCCUCCCUCACGCCAACAUGCUCUUGGUGGAACAGCACAACCCAUACGAAGAGGGCCAUUGAGUGGGAGAGUGGCUGUCAUCACUGGCGCUUCAUCCGGAAUCGGCGCAGCGGUCGCUGCAGCUUUGGCACGGGAAGGCCUCCACCUAGCUCUCGGCGCACGCCGCACCGAGGCUCUCGAGGCUGUGAAGAGCAGGCUGGUAGUCCGCGAGGGCAAGGUGAUAGUUCGAAAGACGGACGUGACGGACAGGAAGCAGGUCGAGAGUCUCAUCAAGGCGGCGAAUGAUGAACUUGGACCAGUCGAUAUCCUGGUCUCCUGCGCCGGUGUCAUGUAUUACACCAUGAUGGCCAAUGCCCAUAUGGAAGAUUGGGACCGCACCGUCGACGUGAACUGCAAGGGUCUUUUGCACUGCCUUUCGUCAGUCGUGCCGUCAAUGAUCUCCCGCGGGAAUGGGCACAUUGUCGCCAUAUCGUCGGACGCCGGCCGUAAAGUCUUCCCUGGCUUGGGUGUCUACUCAGCCAGCAAGUUCUUUGUCGAAGCCACGCUGCAGAGCCUGCGUUUAGAAACGGCAGGGACUGGGUUGCGUGUCACGAGCGUGCAACCAGGCAACACGGCGACUGACCUCCUGGGCAUGUCCACAGACGCAGAAGCAGUCAAAAAGUACGGCGAACCGACCGGAGCACAGAUCUUGGAUCCGGAAGAUGUGGCCAAUUCGAUUGUCUAUGCACUGAGGCAGCCGCAACAUGUUGCUGUGAAUGAGAUUUUGAUCGAGCCACGGGAAGAGCCGAUUUGA